GAACGCAGCAUUGAUAAUAGACCACUAGUUGGAUUUUAAUAUGCAUAGCGCAGCUCAAUGCAACACACGUACACUGCACGUACCAAAAUGGAGGACGCAUUGGCUGUUGCAUGCAUCUCUGUGGUUCUCUUUGUAGCUGCUUGGUUGUUCACUGAAUUCCGCACUGCAUGGAAUGGUUCACAAGCCCAGCUACCAAAAAAUGUUCGAGCGUUUAGUAAGAUUCCAGGUCCUCGCGGAUUACCGUGGUUCGGUUCUGUGAUUCAACACAUCAUGAACGCAAAAUCCAUUCAACAUGUUUGUACUCAAAAAAAGCUGUUUGAACAGUACGGGCCGAUAUUUAAGGAGACUGUCAUGGGAAAGACCCACGUUUACAUCCAAAGUCCCGCCGAUCUUGAAGCCGUGUUCAAAGCCGAAGGAAAAUUUCCUAAACGAUCAACCGAUGUAAUGUUAACACUGAAGGAAUACCUUAGAACCAGGAACGUUAUGGUGGUGCCUAGCCUCGGUUUGCUGUAAGUAUUCUAUCCACAGGAUAUUUUAUCCCAACAUGACAGAAGCAUGGUCAUGCAAAAGUGCAAUUCUGCGUAUUUUCCAGUUUCGUUUUCACCAAAAACAGACAAAAAAACCAACCGCCCAGAAAAUGCUAAUUCUUUUAGCCACUAAUUUUGCGAGUAAUUAUUCAAUCAGACCGGUUUGUUAUUUAAAUAUUUCGAAAUACAGUGGACUCCCGAUAAUUCGAACCUUCAGGGGAAACAGAAAAAAGUUCGAGUUAUUGGGAGUUCGAGUUAUCGAGGGUAAAUUUAUAUAGAAAAUGUUCUGAAGGUUAAUAAAAAUUACUUCGAGUUAGCGGGAGGUUUGAGUUAUAGAGGGUUCGAGUUACCGGGAGUCGACUGUGUAUAUUCCCGAGGGAGAAUUGAAACUAAGUGCACCUUUGUCAUGCAAGUUUUUGAGAUAAAAAAAAUGCCAAAUUUGCAAAGGUUGAUGCAAGGUUUCCGAGAAUAUUUAGUUUACACAACAGGACGACUAUGGCAAGCCAAAUGUAGCAAUAUUCAAUUCGUUUAAUUUUAUAUGUAGUUUUGUAUUAUGUGUUCAACUAUGCGUUUAAUAUUCAACUUAUAUUCAACAUUCAACGCGUUAUUCAGUAUUCAACUUCGCAUUCAACAUUCAACUAUUCAUUUUAUAUUCAAUUCCUUAUUCACCCAUUCAAUUAUCUAUUCAACAAUUUCAACCAUUUAUUCAACAUUCAACUUUAAUUUUUAAAACAUUCAACUAUUCAUUCAACAUUCAACUUUAAUUCAACAUUCAACUAUUCAUUCGACAUUCAACUAUUCAUUCAACUCUUUUGAUCCCUCACUACUUCUGGUCAGUGACACGGAUCAUUGCUUGUUAAAAAUAGGGACUUUUAGCACCGACGGUUUUCAAGACGGCUACGGGAACCGGAAAUGAAGUCAGACUCUUUUUCGCGCGCGCGAGUGUCACCCUCCGUUUCUUGCCGCCGUAGCGGCCUUCCCUAGUACGGCAAACCGAGUAGUUUGACGUACUGGCGACUACGGGAGUUUUAGGUGAGUAUUUUUUAACCUUUUACUUGACUUUUAUUGUUUUCAUUUGAAAAACAACUUCUUAUUCCUUUUCUUCAUAAAUUUAGACCAGUUUUCUUUAGAAUUGGUUUGAUAUUUUUGCUUUAUUUACGCUUUUUUCACAGGUGUGGAUGACACAUGUCGGUCGAAAAGCAUCCCAAGUGAGCUUAUUUUUGUACAUGAUUUUGCUUGUCCUUUCCGUUUUCAUUUUGAUAUAUAACGCUAAUACUGUUUAUCUAAAUUGUUUCUUAACGUUUGGACGUGGGCUUUUCUUUCAAGUUUUUAUCUGUUGUUAUGUUUCAGUCACCGAAUAUAUAUCUUUUUUAUAACUAGACAAAACAUGCCUUUUUUGCCUAUGGCUGCUUUAAUUUUGAUAUAUAAUGGUGUUCAGCUUCCGGUCGGGCAUCAAAAUAAAAGGCGAGAAGCAUUUAAACGUGUUCAUAUGAGUUGCUACGACGUGAUAACGGGCUGUAUAUUCUUUGCAUGUCGUCGAGAUCAAAAAGUUUGUACUGCUCGUGAGGAAAAUCUAAGUUAGUUGACCUAUUCACAUCAUACAGGAGUAGAAACUCCUCUUCUGUAAUUAACCUUUCAUCUAAUGCAUGCAGCAUAGAGCAACUGUUCUCGAGCCUUCUUUAGGGACAUUUUUCCCUAAACAUCUAGUUUUGUGUCCGAGUCUCUACGACUAUUUCGUUCACGCCGUACUCAGGGAUUGUUUUGGUUGCUAAACUAUAUUUAUUUUCGCGGGCUUUUGCGCGGACGGGGCCUUGUAUCCCCAGUCCCCGCGCGAUCUAGUUCGCCGUAGCCGUCCUGAAAACCGUCGGUGCUAAAAGUCCCUAAUAUGGCGGCGGUGGCGGCUAGAGUGCCAGCUACGGAAAUAGAAGCUUAUGAAGAUGACACAAGGCUGCACUUCGAUGUGGAGUCUGACUUUCCAAGGUUUCUUGACCCGGUUUUACGAAGAACUGACCAGAUUUCCCAGACGAAAGUGGAUGACGAAAUUGUGGAGCAGCAUAUUGUCGUUGUCGAUCAAACGGAACGUUUGCUUUGUAUACCCAGGUAUACCCCGAGACAGCAGUUCGAAUAUUAACGCCUAUGACAAAGAAACCUCAGAUAAUCUCUCAUCAGCAUUCAGUGAUGUCGAUCAGCCCUGCAGCAAUGUUUAGCCAGAGCAGCCGUUUCUCCCACCACAAUUGUAUGGGUAUGACCCAGAGGGCCCCUCUCCUUCAGAAGAAGAUAACAACGUCGUUGUCGAAUCAAUUUCUUUAGAUAAAAGGCAUUCAAUAGAGUGCUAUGUGUUGGAUGCUGUUGACCCUCUAACCCAGUCCACUCAACUGGGUAUCGAUCUUUGUAUUCAAGCCCUAGACCUGGUCAGGGAUAGAAUGGAAUGAUAGGGCGCUUUCCAUUUAGGAAAAAAACCCGGAAAUUUCGGUGGUAGCAAAAGUGGAAUUUCCGAUUGGUAAAAAGUUGUUCCAUUCGGUCUUAAACCCCGGUACGUGGCGGUGCCCGACCGUGGACCUGGAACUGGUACAAACUACGAGAAACGUAAAUAGAACACGACACUCCGUUCGGAAAUUCCAACCGGGAAAACGGGACCACCUGUUUAGAUUUUCCACUUUUUCUGGGAAUUUUCCCGUGGGACGAACUGACGAAACGUGUUCCAUUUACCGCUGAACCGGAAAUUCCGGAAAUUUUGAGUAAAUGGAAAGCGCCCAUAGUUAGAUCUCCCUGGAACAGAAAAUUACUACCCAGACGUGAGGAGGACAGGCUCCUAUGUAAAAGUGAUCAGGAUGCUUGUGGGGGAAAUUACAACCACACCCCUAAAAAAAAACAAUGUGGGUAGGGCUCGGGCUUUAUUUGACCCCUAGGAAGAUACUCAUUUUUUGACAAGUCUGAAGAAAGGCAGGUGCAUGUUCAAUUGUUUAAAUUACUACUAAUAAUAUAAUAGGACUUAAAGAUAAUGCUUGUGUAGAGUAUCUGGGGUUUCCACUUUCACCAGCGAGCCUACCAAAGAACAUUUCUCAUGGGAGUCUGAGAAAAUGAUUGUCAAAUUUCACAAAAUUACAUCUUACACUUGAAAUUUUCAGAAUUUUACCCAUGUUUUCACAAUUCUUGUGAAUUCUUAGUAGUAAUUUUCUGUUCCAGGGAGAUCUAACUAUCAUUCCAUUCUAUCCCUGACCAGGUUUAGGGCAUGAAUAUAAAGAUCAAUACCCAGAUGAGUGGACUGUGUUAGAGGGUCCACAACAUCUAACACAUAGCACUCUAUUGAAUGCCUUUUAUCUAAAGAAAUUGAUUCGACAACAACGUUGUUAUCUUCUUCUGAAGGAAAGGGGCCCUCUGGGUCAUACCCCGGCCAUACAAUAAUAUUGUGGUGGGAGACACGGUUGCUCUGGCUAAACAUUGCUGCAGGGCUGAUCGACAUCACUGAACGCUGGUGAGAGAUUAUCUAAGGUUUCUUUGUCAUAGGCGUUAAUAUUCGAACUGCUGUCUCGGGGUAUACCUGGGUAUACAAAGCAAACGUUCCGUUUGAUCGACAACGACAAUAUGCUGCUCCACAAUUUCGUCAUCCACUUUCGUCUGGGAAAUCUGGUCAGUUCUUCGUAAGACCGGGUCAAGAAACCUUGGAAAGUCAGACUCCACAUCGAAGUGCAGCCUUGUGUCAUCUUCAUAAGCUUCUAUUUCCGUAGCUGGCAUUCUAGCCGCCACCGCCGCCAUGUUUUUAACAAGCAAUGAUCUGUGUCACUGACCAGAAGUAGUGGGGGCUCAAAAGAGUUGAAUGAAUAGUUGAAUGUUGAAUGAAUAGUUGAAUGUUGAAUUAAAGUUGAAUGUUGAAUGAAUAGUUGAAUGUUUUAAAAAUUAAAGUUGAAUGUUGAAUAAAUGGUUGAAAUUGUUGAAUAGAUAAUUGAAUGGGUGAAUAAGGAAUUGAAUAUAAAAUGAAUAGUUGAAUGUUGAAUGCGAAGUUGAAUAUUGAAUAACGCGUUGAAUGUUGAAUAUAAGUUGAAUAUUAAACUCAUAGUUGAACACAUAAUACAAAACUACAUAUAAAAUUAAACGAAUUGAAUAUUGCUACAUUUGGCUUGCCAUAGACGACAGACACUGAAAACGCUUGUGUAUGACAAAUGUGAUAGGGCUAUUGCUUUCGUGUUCAGUUCGUGAUCCUCGCUUAACAUCAAUAUUUUCUGGUCUUUGCAAAAAACAUCUGUUUAAAAGAAAGUGAAGUUUGGGGUAAAAUUAUUUCGACCAAAAUUAUUUUUGCGAGCGCCAUUCUACAGCACAUGACGAAAAACUGAUAAAAAUGCAUCAGUUUGCUUUUGCCCCAAAAUGCCCCGCACUAACGUCCACUCCCUUACCCCCUCCCCGUUAAACGUCCAGUUGACGUUAAGCAGGGGAAAAGUAAAUAUGUCGACGGCCCCUAAUAUAAUAUUCGUCAGGAAUAGAUUCGAGAGAAGAAUGGGACUGGACAGAAAGAAAAAAAAACAACAAACAAACUAACAAUACAAAACAAAAUGGAUGCGUUCAUACUAGCACCUGUUUGCCGGUCGAGAUUGAUGUGGAGAGACAGAAGAGUGUUUUAGCGGAAUGAGUUGGCUAGCAAUGUGUAUGAUUGAAUAUGCAAACAAUGGACAUCGAUUUCAUAUUAUUGGCUUGUCUAUCUUCUUCAACUCCAGAGAGAAAACAAAGGUGCCGACAGAAACAAAAACAACGAAUGCUGGGAAAAGGGUUGAACCAGGCAGUUGGUGUAACCAGUACCAGCCCCUCUUCAAUCAAAGAUUAGGUCAAAUCCGCCUACAACUUGAAUUUCAGUCCAGAUAUAAAUUCAGAGACGAGAUGGAUUAUCCGUCUCAAAAGAAAUGUUUUGUCAGUUAGCCCCGAGUGGCCAAUCGUUAGAAAUCGGAAAAUCUGAUUUGAUUGAUAUUGAUUGUAUCGAUCAAUCGGUAGAAAUCGAUGACACACUCGUUUCGUUUAUCAAUUAAUCUUGAUUUUUACCGAUUUCAUCGAUUUAUAUCCGAAGAUAUAACUGUUCAUCUGUUCAUUCAAAAAUGAAAACUUAUUUCAUGCAAACAGUAAAUUGGUUGACAAUUGAGUCGCAGCUGAGAGUCGAAGGAUCAAACAGUUAUCACUUUUUAAUAAAUUCUUUUAAAAAAAUCUGAAAAAUCUUAUCUUUUCUUCAAAACCAGGUUUAAAAUCUUCUUCUGGUUUCUAGGCUUAGGCGCCCACUUUUUCACGAUUUUGACCUGCCGCCCUUUCAAAAUAAAGUCGGUGUAGAUCCGGAUGUAGUUAAAUCCCGGAGUAGCUAAUAGAUAAAACUCGAAAUCGAUCAAAAUCGUUAGCAAUUAAGUGAUUUGUAUCGAUUGAUAACGGAAAGGGUAUAAAUCUAUCCAGGGAAAUCUUUGAAUGAAUUUCAGAUAUCCCGGCCUUCGACUCGAGGGGAUGUCUGAAAUUCAGGUUAGGAAAUCUUUACUAAGAUUGUAUUUCUCGUGAUACUUGCUGCGAGAACUAAAUGUAAUUAUAAAACCGAACCGUUUUUGUUAUUAUGUACCAAACGAAGAGUUUUAGAUUGAAACUUGUGCGUGUGAUAGUUUCCACACGUCUCAUUUUCAUAUUUGUUGAGCAGUUGAUAUUCGUGGAUUUGUUUCCUCAGCCGUACUAUCUAACUCAUGCCAAAAAAUAACAAUGGCGGACUUCCGUUAUAAAUCGAUAAAAUCAUGAAAAAUCGCUAACAUCGAUUUGACGCAGCAAUUUAGUUUAUCGAUUUUCACCCGAUUUCCGUUAUCAAUCGAUAAAAAUCACUUCAUUGCUACCGAUUUUUAUCGAUUGACUACUCCGAGCUGUUAGCACGUCUAUAAGACAUGCUGACAGACGAAUCAAUUGUGAGCCUCAAGCCCCAUUUACUCUACAGAAAAAAAUGGGUCCGGACCCAUAAAAAAGUUGGUACAGAUCAGAUAUUUUUGCCGCGUAAACCUUCCUUACCAUGUUUUCAUGGAAUGGAUCCGGACUCGCUUUUUUCUGGUUUUGGGGCCAUAAGCGGCUAUGGCCCCCAAACCGAAAAAAACACGAGUACGGACCCCUUUUGCUGUUCUUCGAAAGCGCUGAGUAAACGCAUCUUCGUUCCGUAACAUCUUCUUAAUGUGAGCCUGCCGUGCUUUACGGUGGUUUCGCGCAUGUGUACUAUUGCACUUUUCAAUCAUAAACCUAACCUGAUUGUUACCAGUGUAAACGAUUGAAAAAAAUCGGUUCGGACCACUUUUUGGUAAUGCGUCCGGACCCGGUUUUUUCUGUAAUGUAAAUGGGACUUCACUAUGGGUAUUCCCCACGAAAUUGAGGUUGCGACGAUCGCCAUUGAUGAAGCAACGAUCUUAGAUAUUAGAGCGACUAUCUAAUCUUCAGUGUCAUCUCGGCUAUUUCAACAAGAUUGACAACAUUAGUUGUCAGGCGCCUCUAGUCGUGCAAUGACGGCAAAGAAACCUGCCAAAAAAGGGUUCUGCACGUUCAGAGUUUUUUAAAAAAUUAUUUUCUCGUUUCCCUCGUCGUUGUCUAAGUUCGCUGGUAGCGUAACCGCGCAAAAAAAUCUUGAUAUCUGACGAUUUCCCCUGAAAAACUAACCUGAGAUCAGGCCCAAAUUUUAGCGGGUCUCAUACAUUCUCUCUAACGGCUACCGGUAAAAUUCUUUUCGUUUCGCAUUGCCCGCUGGAAUGUUACGUACAAAGCGAAACGAAAAUUUAGCCUGAUCUCAGGUUACUGAAAAACCGACGAGUUGAUGGAAAACGCACGAUGAAAUCGACGUACGCGGGCACCCUUACAGAGGCUCAAGUGUAGACGAAUCUUGGGCCAAAUUCGUUAAAACUCCUGCUUUUAUCCGUCUUUAGUGUAAAUUUAGCCAAUGGUAGUCUGUACACAGACUUUGCUUUUUGUUUUUCUUUUCGACAACCAGCGAGCGCGUAUAUCACUUUCUUAAAGUCGUUGUGAGCUUAGACUGGUCAUGCAGGAAUAAAAGGUAAGCAGUUAACGAAUUUUAAUUUCAGCUGUAAUUUUUUUCCUUGUGUCAGAAAUAAUGAAGAGUGGGCCCGACUGCGUAAAGCAAUGACACCCAAACUUCUCCGACCCCAAGAUGUUGGAGAGAAUAUUCAAAGCUUUUGUAGAAUGACAAGAGAUGCAGUUAGUUAUUUGGCAAAGACAAGGGGAGAUGCUGGAUUUGACAACGAGAUUCCUAACCUCGAAGACGUUCUUCAUAACUUUGCCGCCGAAAGUAAGUACAUUUAUCAGUGGUAGGUCGAGGUCUCUACAGCCUGUCCAAACCCAAUUGGAUUUGUUUACCGUAUUUACUCGAUUAAACGCACUGCAUGGAGGAAGAAUUGUCAGUAAAAGCUGUCCCCGAAAAAACGCUGCGCCGAAUCCGUUGCGACGUCUAUUCGACGAUUAUAAGAAAACAACUGGGAACAACUCCGUAAUGCACAUCAUGCAGACAAUUACGAUUCGACCCCAGCAAAAACAGCGAGACAAUGGAACUUUACAUAAUAUCCACAAAUGAUUUAUGGUAAUUGUUGUCAGUGAUUUGAAUACCUCUUCUUGAACGCCACCCUUGAAUAGCAAAAAGUUCAGUAAAAGCCGUGGCGUUUAAUAGAAUAAAUGCUGUAACAUGUUUGUAUAAAAUUUCUUUUUUCUUUUAUUGAAGCUAUGGGUAUUAUAGUAUUUGAUAGCAGAGUUGGCCUCUUUGACGAUCCACCAAACAGCGAAGCAGUCGAAAUGGUUAAAGCUAUAAAUGAUUCUUUCAAGUUGAUGGGAAAAUUAAAUGGAGGACUGGAAUCGUUUCUUCUAAAGUACACCUGCUAUAAGACAUCUACCUUCAAAACAAUGUGUGACGUUCUGGACUUCAUUCUAAAAACCAGUUACAAGCAUGUAAGCAAGACGGCGAAGAAACUUCAAGAAACAGCCGAUGAUGUGGAAGACGAUCAAGGUAAAUGAAUGCUUUGGAGCCGUUUUAGUCCUUAGUUUCGCGAAGGCUGAGUUCUGGGAUGCGCUGAAUAGGUAUAGGAAAAUGGGGUAGGAAUGGCGCACUCCUUGAAAUGAAGCAAGAUAACGACUUGUUCUUUUCAGCGGAGCGAAUGACUUCCAUGACUGAUGAAUUUUGCCUUUUCUUACCCGCACGUUUUCUGUGCAGGUUGCCGGAAAAAUUCUGCGAGGCAGCCACUAACGGAUCAGUAAACAUAUGCUUUCACUUAUUUUCUUUUUAUAUAUCUCAAACCCUGUAUUUGGAAGUUUUGUAGUGUAACUAUUCCAAUAGAUUAUACAACUUGAACGACUUUUACACAUUUUUUCGAGUAAUACGCAGUCUCCUUGCGAUCACGUAAGAAAAUGCGUAAGAGACUAACUCUAGUUACGACCAUCAUCGUGAAACCCUGUUGGACUGUGCCAUUCUGUAAUGAAUGAAUUAGUGGAGGCAGCGUGGCCGAAUGGUUCAGUAGAGCACCGGACUUAGCUUGUAAUCCGGAGGCCCCAAGUUGGAAGUCCCGCCCUGACCCCAAGCUGGAUUUGUUCUGGGUAGUGGUUCGGUAGUCCUGGUUUCAAAUCCUCGGCCAUGCUUGGAAAUAGCCGACUGGUUCACCUUCUACCAGUCGGGAUUCUUAGCCAUAUUAAGUUUCAUUUGAAUUAUCAGUUUCAUUACCGCUGAAAAGCGCCGUAAGGGGAGGAUAAUUAAGUAUUCAAAAGCGAUCGUUUCCCCCAGGGUAAUUGACCGCGACCACUUUUGUGAAUUACCGGAUGGUCUUUAUCUUUGCUUUUAAAUACUCCAGUAACCGACUACCCAGUUAACACUCGAAUAAAAGGGUUUACUCCUUGAACAAAGAUUGGGUUAUAUACACAACAUAUAAGCGCUGAUGGUACGUUCGUACAAAGUAAUAAAAGAGAGGCCCCUUUAUGUUUCACCAGAAUUUAUCACAACAUAAUUUAAACGAAGUUUAUCUUGGGCAGCGGAUUAAGAAAACAAUGGACUUAUUAAAGUGGCUUAUCUCAGGAAGAUGUUUCUCUAUUCUACCCUAUAUGCCUCCGUGGCGGUUCACCGGGCAAUAAACGGGGUUUAGAUAAUAAAAGCGGUAGGCAAACUGAAAAUGGCUUAGAACGUGGUUUUGACACUAGUUAUAGCUAUAACCGGCCCAUAAUAACUUUAUAUUAUGGUAGCAUACAAAAUUCGUAAACGCGGCCAGCUCUAGUUGCAACCACUUUUUGAAUUCACGCGAGGUGGUCGCUUACAAGGACUUUGACUGUGUAUUUGAUACAAAAGAUUGAACACUUCGCCAUAAUGAUUCUGCUCAAUUGAGCUCCCGCUAACUAUCGCCAGUGUGCACCAUCCACGGGCAAAUGCCAAACUGACCAAUCAAAGGCUGAAUAGUAUGAGUGUCACUUUAUGCCACCCAUUAAUACACAUUAUAAAAAAUGAAAAUCGCUCAAAGAAAAUCGCAGUGCAGGCUUUUUUAAAUUAGGGUUGUAACGGGCUUAGACUUAUGCUUUCAUUUGUGCUUAUUUUAGUCGACAACAACUCAGUAAACAGCUUUUAUGAUGAAAACGAUUAAAGCGUGUUUAACUAAAAGGUAACAUGCGUAAGCUUUAGUGUCAUGGGGCAGACAUUAGUUAUGUUAGAAAAUUCUUUCAUAUUACUGCUCUUUUCCGAGUCGAUCUUGCUGGAUAUACCUGGAGUAGCAAAGCAAUUUUCUUUUUUCUUUUGCCUACAUAUUAUAUCUUUCUUUGUUGCUAAAUCUAAACGAGCGAUAAACUUAUCUUGCAUGUUGUUUUUAAUUCCAGCUGUUCCAUUGCUGACGUAUCUUUUAACCAAAAGUGAUUUGCAGAUGGAGGAAGCAACUCUUAGCUCAGUUAUUAUGUUCAGAGCAGGUGUUGAAGUGGUAAGAUAAUAAUGCGGCAGGAUACCAAACCAAGUAUUAAAUAAGUUUAAAUAAUAGUGCGUUGCCCCGGGGUGUACUCCCUAUAAUGGUCUAUACGUGGAGGCUCUGGAUCAAGUUAGGUUUCUGGGAAACUGCCCACCUACCCCUCCCCUAAGUCAACAUUAACACUUACUUUUCACUUAGGGAAAAAUGUUGAAUUAGGGGAGGGGUAGGUGGGCAGUUUCCCCAGAAACCUAAAUGAGGUAUAUGAAAAGGUAAGGGAUUUUAAUAGAGUUGAAGUAUAUGAAAGGGUAAGAAUAUCUGUAGUACCAAAAGGCCCAAAAGGGCUUACAGAUGCAUUUUAUGGCUGUGAAAAAAUGAGUAGAGAAAAAUUUGUGUUUUUACAAUUUAAUCGUAGUCAGCAAAAGGGAUGCAAAGUUCUAAACUAGGUAUUUGGAUGGGGUUUUAUUUUUUAAAUAGAAGGUAUACUACCAAAGGGGUACCUUUUCUACCAGAAAUGGUAUAUAAAAGCCGGGUAAGGAGUUAAACCUCCGGGCGUAUCCUCCCCAUAUAAAAUUUUGUUGAGUUGGGAGUGUGAUGAAGAGAAAAACCUCUCCUCCCCCAUCGGAAACCCAUGACAACGCAGACACUGGUCGCGGGGUGCGGUUCUAAUUACUAAACCAUGGACAGACUUAUGGGGACUGCUAGGUCAUUUGAUAGACUCCCAUCAUUUCGUUUACAAAACACUUUUAAUGUCAAUAUAUUUUUUUUAAUAGCUGAUUUAUUUUACAGUCUAAAAUUUUUUCUCAUAUAGACCGGUACCAUCGCUCUUUGGCUCUUGUACGAGCUGGCACGCAACCCGAGGGUGCAAGAAAAGGUGUAUGAAGAAGUAUCCUCAUUAAUAAAAACCAAUGAAGACUUCACUACUGAAAGCUUUGGAAAACUGCAUUACACAAAGGCCUGUGUCAGAGAAACUCUAAGGUAAGGACCCAAAUUUACUUAUGUCCAGAAAUGCAUGCAAUGGGAGCUCCCAGCAGAGCCUGCGUCAGGUAGCUGGGAGUGAUGUAGACUUGGAAUUUAGGAAGCGAAUAAAGCACAAUCACAGGUAGCCCAAGGUCGAAAUAUGAGCAUCGGCGAGCAUCGGCAUUGUUGCGUAACAUUCGAAAUAUAAGGAUUUGUAUAAACCUUACACAUAGAGAGAAAACCGUUUACAGUACAAAGAAUAAAACGACCAUAAAUCUGCCCGUGGACCACACAGGAGAGACGUAACACAUAUUUUAAGUAAGGUAAGCUGUUUUUUAUUGAAAUCGUUUCAUUUUCGUAGGUUACAGAAACGAUAGGUUUUUUCCCCAUACAAAUCCUUAUAUUUCGAAUGUUACGCAACAAUGCCGAUACUCGCCGAUGCUCAUAUUUCGAGCUUGGGCUUCCUGUGGCACAAUGCAAUAGGUUUACACUUUAAUAGCUUGCGUCGCAGACGUAAUCUCACUCCGUUUAGUAGGGACCUUAAUACUCCUUUCAUCUUAACAGUCAUUUAUGUUGACUCGGGACAGCUCAUUCCAGUUUUUUGAUUUUUAGCAACGUGAGGUUACUGUGGCCGACAGUUCUAUUUACAAUGGUCGAAUUCGCGACCGAAAAGAGCGCUUGUCGCGGAAUGCACUUUUUUCGACAGUUGUACUGAUAUCCAAUUAAACAAAAAUUCUUAAUAUAAAAUACUAAACUGUAUACUUCUUAAUUAUCGGUCUCUUCGAUCGUCCAGGUUGUACCCCGAUCCAGGAUUUUGGUCACGUGUUCUCAGCAGGGAUGCAGUUCUCUCUGGUUACCAUAUUCCCGCGGGGGUAAGUAUCAUAAAAAGUAUGGGUUAAUAAAAACAUAGCUAGCAGAGGGGACAAUAAAGGUAAAAGGUUUUAAGAACAAAACCGUGAAUGAGAAUGAUAUACGACACUAAGGAGAGAUAAUGUGGCACUUGCAAAUAACGGAGAGUUGAGUAUUGGAGCGUCGAACAGCUUAUAGGAGCCUCAAGAUACACUGUUUCUUCUUGCUGUUCCUGGUAGAGGAACAUGUUUCACUUGGUUUUAGGAGACCAUGUUUUCCCAGAUGUGGUUAUGCCCGGUAGCCUAGCCGACGAAGCGACUUUAAUUUACCCAUGCCCGUAAACCGGAAACUGUGCAUCUUCAGUAAUGGUUCUAUGACAGGAAAUUUAUCAAAAAUUCAAACGGUGGCAACUGCGUCCAAAUUGUCGAGUGAAACCUAAACUUGAAUAACCCCUCAAAGAAUUAAAAGAUGGUAAAAAUAAGACAGCAAAUACAAAAGAAGGCACGAAUGGACAAACUUGAAGAAGAUUAAAGCGGAUUGCGGCGAUUGUGGUUUUUCAGGAAAACUUGUCAGGCUAACAGUUUGUCGAAGUUCAUUUUUGCUGUUUGCAACGUUUGAUAAGGCUUGACAUAAUGCUUGGAAGGCAUUAUUUGUUUGAUUCAAAGCUGUGGUUUUGUCGUCAUCCACAAGUAAUUUCUGAAGUCCCACAGCGAACAAGGUCGAGUAGUUGGCAACAAAAUGAACUAGAGUCACUACUGGACAGCCGUAACUCAGCCCCUUUGAGGUUUCUAAUAAUGGAGAGGUUUAGAAACCAAUGUGCAAAACUUUGUUAAAAGAUAGUAAACUAAUUCCCUCAGUUGAGACGAACUGCAUUGUUCUUUCUACCUAGGUAAAUGUUUUAAAAUGUUAGUGUCUUCAGAGGAAUGUUUUUUUUUUUUUGGUAAUCCUUAUUUAGGCAUAUUUAGCCGUUAAAAACACCAAGCUCUUUUCAAAUGCGAUGACAUUUCUUAGCCUUCAAGUCAGCUUUUAUGUGAACCUUUUUUUAGACCCCGAUUAGAUACUCCAAUUAUCUAUCUGGACAUUCAGAAGAAAUCUUCUCAAAUCCUCUUGAAUUUAAACCUGAACGUUGGUUGAACACGGAAAAGAAUGGCCCUCACCCUUAUGCAUCAAUUCCAUUUGGCUUCGGGCGACGCAUGUGUAUAGGUAGGUGUCUUUUAAUUUUAUCACACAGAUUUACUGCUUCUGCCUCGUCGCAGGUCUCCCUCUUUGUUCUUAUGCGGCGCUGUCGCCCCACGUAAGGGAAUCUAACACAGUCUUGGACUGGAUUCCACGCCAUGGAUUCCGGAUUCCAGGUACUGAAUUCCAGCAUUUGUAAGUGGAACAUUGGAUUCCAGAUUCCAAUUGUCAGUGGGAUUCCGGAUUCCUUGUGCUGUAUUCUGGAUUCCAAACCCAGGAUUCCGUAUUCCACAAGGAAAAAUUUCCCGAUUCCGGAAUCCGGAUUCUCUUACACGGGAGAGCGUUGUGUCUUGAGAAGAUGUGCUUUCUGUUUUUCGAAUUAAAGUGGCGCCUUGAAUCUAGGCAGCACCCCGGCGAUUUUCUCUCUUGGUUAUAGUCACUCAUUAUUACUGCUUUUCUUACUGAGACUGGCUCCUUUUUUGAUACAGGACGACGCGUAGCUCAGACUGAACUCUGCCUUUUGGCCGCAAUGGUAAGGAGCUGAUUGUGGAAUUACAAACAAAGUGCGAUGAAUAUAAUGGCCUGUGCUAGCUGGCGGAAUUAUUGUUGCUCGUGCGAGAGUUUUGGCGGCGAUGCCGCCACCUCGCGCAGCUUUGCCGAGAAGAAGUGAGCGCCGAAUAACUUCUUGGAAUUUCAAAGCUUCUACCCCCGGCCCAAUUCUCCGCACGUCUUCGCAGCUCCUCUGCCAAACUUUCCUCGCGCAAACGAUCCCGCCGGCUACGCAGGCUAUGAUUAUUACAAAUUGCUGAAGUACAGUGGAGCCAGGAUAAUGCUAUGUUUAGUGUAUUUAGUCAUUAUGUGGGUUGCUGUGUGGAAAGAAUCUGACAGGCAACUGUUCUCCGAACAGUCGCGUUGGUAGACCCAAACCAAGGCCCGCAGGGCUGUCGUGGUGCCCAGCUAUUUCGUUUCAGCGAGAGAGCGCCCCCGCCUCUCCCAAUCUUUACAUCAGGUCUGGAUUCCCAGCCAUCAGCUGUAAGCCUGUGCUGGCUUCAUCUUGAUAUGAUUUGACCAAUCCUCCUCCUCUGAGGGCUCUGUAUUUCAGUGGUUUGAAGCAUUCUCUAGCAAGAUACUUGUCAGCUGUGAGUGUUCGAUCGAACUUUUCCCAUUGAGAAUUUUAAAUUUGAAUUAAUAAGUACGCCGAACUUGUGGUUGUUUCGAUGCCGAGAUGUACCCUUAUAAUGAUCUUAAGAUUGUCUCGAGAAGAGUCCAUCGAGAAUCAACAAUCUUGGACAUAGGAGGUCAUAGAUAAAUUGUUUUUUCAAACUAAUUUCACCGGCCUCUUAGACUUUUCUGUCAAUUUUUACUGACUGUUUCAGGUCAUAAGUAAUACAAAUAUCCCUCGAUUCUAACUUUCAGAUCGUCCAGCGCUUUGUGUUGGAGUUCCACGAGAAGCCAGUUGAAAUAACAAGUGAAUUCGUGCUGGUUCCUGAUCGACCAAUGAGAAUCAAGUUCAUAGACCGAGAGUAAUUGACGCUGCGUAACCUGCGAACACCGCCGUCCCUUGCGUCCUUGUCCUCAGGGUCUUUUCAAGCAUACGUAGCAGAAAAAAACCAACCGGCGCUUGCCACGAGACAAGCCACGCAGGCUACGUAGGUUUUCUCCUUUUCCAAUGAAAACCGAGAAGCCCCUGGGGACGAGGUUGACGUUGCUAGACGUCGGGGUUUCAAGGUUAAUUUUGACAAAAUCUAAGUCAGUUCGGUCGCAUUAAAAUUUUGAUGUUUUCUUUUUUGUGUGUGUGACAAAGAAGCGCUGAUACCGGGAUUCCGUAAACUGCCGCCGCUAAUGAGCCCUGGGAUACAUCUUUGUACGGGGUUUUAGGAGGACUUAUCAACGGAGCGGCUUAUAUCCCACUGGAUUUAUAACCGGAAAAGAAAAAAUAACAGCAGUGCUGAUAAAAAUACGUUUUGCAUAUACUGGUUUUCAUUAAAGCUU